AUGCCUGCAACUUAUCCACAUGAAGAGUAUGCGGACAUGGUUUUCGUGUAUGGAUAUUGCAACGGUAGUACCACCGCCUCAGUUAGGGAAUAUCAACGACGAUACCCAAACCGCCGUCUUCCAGACAACGAAACCUUCGGUAGAGUCUUCACAACUCUUCGAUUAAGAGGUGCGUUCGCUAAAUCGACUUGUGACAGAGAAAUUAGGCGAAAAAACAAUGCUGCAGAAGUGCUUGAGGCUGUUGAAAAUGAUGAUGGUACUAGUACGAGAAGAAUUUCUGUACUUACUGGACAAGCUAGGACGGCUUUGCAUGACACUUUGCGGGAAAACGCAUCCCUAUCAUUACUAACCAGUACAACAACUUCUUUCCGAGGAUCUUCCCCAAAGAGUUCGCCUUUGUGA